GUUAUAUGUUAUGAAAUUAAAAGAAAAGAGAUAAUUAGUUGACAUUUUCUUGCUAGCUUUAAUAUAUAUAAAUAAUGCUUGAAAUAAUAAAGCUCACUGCCAAUUAUUUACAAAGAAAAAUUAGAGUAAUAUUCAUUAUAGAGAAAGUAUCUGGAAGGGAAAAAAUGAGGAAAGAAAGAGAAAUAAGGGUGGUAAUAAUGGCGGUUUUAUUGGGAAUACAGUUAAUACCGUUAUCAGCACAACAGAAUUGCUGGGACAGGAUGGGAAAUUGCAUUGAUGAAAACGCUACGCCGGCAAAAUUUCAAGAGAAUUGCUGUACUUCGUUCUUACAGGAAAUAACGAACGAGAGAGAGUGUUUUUGUACAGUCAAAACUGUUGUUUCUCGGAAUGCAACCCUUGCUCAAACUCUAUCUACUCUUCUUACACUUUGUAAUGUUACUGCUUCUAUCGAUGCAUUGUGUCCAGGUACUGUUCCAAGCACUAGUGAAGUUCCAAUUCCCUCACCCUCGGAAGAUACGCCAGCUCCGAGUGAAGUGCCAUCUCUCGCACCACCAAGUAUUGAUUUAGCCCCUAGCGAGCUUUCAUCUGCUUUUCCACCAUCAGCAGAUAAAGCACAGCCAGACUGCUGGACUCGAAUGGGAAAUUGUUGGCGCAAUGCAACAACAUCGAGUACAAUAUUAGAGUGUUGUGCGCUGAUGAAAGGAGAUAUCGAAAGUGACAAAGAAUGCUUCUGUGGUAUCAAGAACAUUGUUGGCGAAAGUCCAACUUUUACCAAUUUAAUUAAUCAGAUUUUCAUUGCUUGCAGUAUUCCUGGCACUUAUGAUACAUAUUGUCCUGGUACCCCAAGCUCCAUUCUUUCUCCGACUUCACCAUCAACACCAGGUGAUUCCCCACCCGGAAUCUUAUUUAUGCCUCCACCAGCUACCACCACUAGCAAUGAAACUGGUAAUGCAAAUACAAAUGGUGCUAAGAAGAUUGGAUAUUCAGUUGGACUUCUCUCAAGCAGUAUGCUGUUCAUUUGGGCAAUAAUACAAUCUUAAUUGAUGAAUAUAGAAUUAUUUUUUUUUUUUUUUUGUCCAAAAUCCCUGAUUCGCCAUAUUGUGAAAGAAGUCUUAUAAUAUACAUUCAUGUUAUUUCAUUUCAAACAAAAAGGUAUAAAUGUUCAAAUAUAUUAUUCAAGAUAAUG